AAAAAUAGAUUUAUGUUCUAGCCUAGCCUGCAUAAGUACGGUUAAACCAUAGUCUUAGGCUAGCAAUUUAGUUUGUUAGAUCUCUAUUCAACAUGGCGGACACCAAUGUGGUAGCUACUGAAGAAAAUGUUCCCGUAGUUAACGCUAACGAGCAGCAGCAACAACCGCGACCAAAUGGGUGGUCCAUUUUUAAAACACUUGCUAUACGGAUGGUGUUCAUCUACUUCAUUGCUAGCAUGUUCAGGCGAUCCCCUCAGCCUCAGGACACCACCACUGUAGAUGGUCAAUCUGGACAAACCCUCAAACCAUCCUCUAAUGUGUUUGAAAAAUUUACAAACAUGGAUAUGUAUGUUUACAUAUCAGAGCAAGAAAUUUUUACUGAUUUCAAAAAUGAAAAAGCACUUUUCUGGUUGGAAAAGGGAUUAGUGUAUGGUGACUGGACAGAAGGAGCAAAUGAAGAUGGCACAUUUGAAAUGUUUGGGCAGGUGGAAAUAUCUCAGAAUGUACAAAACAAUGGGUCUCUCUACAUACAUGUGUUUUUUGUGAAAGAAGGAAUGUCACCUGACCCUAAUGACAGAUCUGCAAAGACCUAUUCAAAAAAGUACACAGCACAUCGAUCAAAAAGACUAAACAAAUUUAAAAAGCGCAAGUUUCACAAGACAGUCAAUUUACUGACUGGUCAAACGGAUGUCCACCCUGACCUAGUACAGAAAGAAAACUCCUCCUCCUAUGAAAUACUUUCCCACUGGCACCCUAACCUCACAAUCAACCUUCUGGAUGACCAUUCACCAUGGCUGCCUGGCUCCGUACCUCCACCAUUGGAUGAAUACAUUGAGUUUAUACCUAGUUCAAACAAAUAUUAUCCUGUCAUCUAUCUCAAUGACUAUUGGAACUUGAAUGCAGAUUACAUGCCCAUCAAUGACACCACCAAAAACCUGAACCUGUCCCUAACCUACAGUCCUAUGUCCUUAUUUAAGUGGCAGUUGUAUGCAGCUCAGGGAAUGAGGAACAAAUGGAUUAAUAUGCUUGGCUCAGAUGGUGGAGAAGAAGAAGAAGAUCAGGAUUCACUUAAGGUUGCCUUCCUUGAGACCAGCCCCUAUCUGCUUGGCAUGACUAUUAUUGUUUCAAUUCUGCAUAGUAUAUUUGAGUUUCUGGCAUUUAAAAAUGAUAUCCAGUUCUGGAAAAGUCGCAAGUCACUGGAGGGACUGUCUGUCAGAUCUGUGUUCUUCAAUGUCAUCCAGUCCCUGAUUGUUCUUCUCUACAUCAUGGACAAUGAGACCAACACUGUUGUUAAGAUUAGUGUUUUUAUUGGACUUUGUAUUGAAAUCUGGAAGAUCAACAAGGUGGUCAAUGCACAGCUAGACAGAGAGAACAAAAUUCUGGGUAUAUUUCCUCGGCCCAGACUAACAGAGAAAUCAACUUACACAGAAUCACAUACAAAGAAAUAUGAUAUUUUGGCAUUCCGCUACCUCUCAUGGUUGUUGUACCCUCUUCUGGGCUGCUAUGCUGUAUACUCACUAGUGUAUCAAGAACAUAAGGGCUGGUACUCCUGGGUCCUCAGCAUGUUGUAUGGCUUUUUGCUCACAUUUGGUUUUAUCAUGAUGACACCCCAACUAUUUAUCAAUUACAAACUCAAGUCUGUUGCACACUUACCAUGGAGAAUGCUGACCUAUAAAGCCCUAAAUACUUUCAUUGAUGAUAUUUUUGCCUUUGUGAUCAAAAUGCCAACCUUGUAUAGACUUGGAUGCUUAAGGGACGAUGUGAUAUUUUUUAUCUACCUGUAUCAGCGCUACAUUUAUUCUGUGGACCCCAAGAGAGUGAAUGAGUUUGGAACAAGCCAAGAAAUGCUAGAGACUAAAGAGAUAACAGAUGAUAAUAAAGUCAAGGAAGAAAAUGGUUCAGUCAAGCAACUAGAAGAGAAAAAAAAUGAUUAAAACAGUUUGGCCUGAGCACGACCAUCCUGUCAUUUAGUUGAUUAGAAAAGUCCCCCAUGAGGAGAUAAAUACCACAAUGACAAAACAUAGCCAUCUACAAAGACUAAUUAUUCCAAGUUGAACUUUGUCAGAUGUAUUUGUAUGAACUUUUGGAUGUUUUUAAAUGUUGAGUGAGUGGAUCCAUGUUUUGGUUGAUGCUUGGAUCAAGUGUGUGUCAAUUGACAUCUGUAUUGCAUUGGUGUAGUCAAUGUUUCUUCUUAGUACACCGUGUGUUCAAGUAGUGCCCAUGCUGUUUAGAUAGUAGAUGUAGUUUAAGCCAUUGGAGUCAGCCCUACCUACCCUGUGUCUGCCUGAAUGUUACAAGAACCUGACACCACACCCACUUACAUUAUAAUCAGAACUUUGAUGGAAUCAGAAGAAAUCCAUUGGGGAAAAAAAAAUCAAGCUGUUGAAUUAAAGUCAACAUAAAGUGAUCAAA